UGCCCUUUAAUGUGACUGUUUUGUGCUUUGAUUUUGAAUGCAACACGCCCAACCGGAAGCCUUAUCCUAGCCUCGGUUUCCUCGCCCAUCCGCGGGUCUCCGGUCGGGAACGGGCCGAUCAGAGACAACAGAUACCCGGUGAACUCAACCUGGCAGGAGGGAAAGUCAUCAUCCAGGUACGCUAAAUAUGGCGGAGAGGUGUGCAACUCGAGGCUCGGCGUAUUGUUGAUAGCUGCAACCAAGAAGCGGAAGCUGUUUCAACCGAAACGCUCGGAGUGGUUCAGUCUCUGUUCAUUUAACGUUGACUCACACAGCGUGGAGAGAAGAAGACCGAGCCUCCAGGAGUUUGCAUCAGUUAUUCACUUCUGCAGACAGGUGCCAUGAGCAGUGAGCUGAACGUACCCAUGGGUUCUCCGGCUCCAGGGGGGUCAGAGCGGGCUCCAGAUGGCGGGGGGAUGGACUAUAGGGACUGGGUGAGGCGCAGUUACCUGGAGCUGGUCAGCUCCAACCACCACUCAGUGCAGGCCUUGUCCUGGAGGAAACUCUACCUGAGCCGGGCCAAGCUGAAGGCCUCCAGCAGGACCUCCGCACUGCUCUCCGGCUUUGCGAUGGUGGCGAUGGUGGAGGUGCAGCUGGAGAUGCAGUACAGCUACCCCCGUGUGCUCCUCAUCGCCUUCAGCGUGUGCACCACCGUGCUGGUGGCCGUGCACCUCUUCGCUCUGCUGAUCAGCACCUGCAUCCUGCCCAACGUGGAGGCCGUCAGCAACAUCCACAACCUCAACUCCGUCAGCGAAUCGCCCCACGAGCGCAUGCACCACUACAUCGAGCUGGCGUGGGGCUUCUCCACGGCCUUGGGUAUCCUGCUGUUUCUAGCGGAGGUAGUGCUCCUCUGCUGGAUCAAGUUCCUGCCAGUAGACUCAUGCGGGGCCAAAAAGGCGAACUCUUGCGGCACGACGACCGCCACCGCCACAGCGAAGCCUACGACGACUUCUGCCUCGCCGCAGAACAGCGGCUGGCAGGCAGCGCUGGCCUCCACCAUCAUCAUGGUUCCGGUGGGGGUGAUUUUCGUGGUGUUCACCAUUCACUUCUAUCGCUCUCUGGUGCGCCACAAGACGGAGCGCCACCACCAGGAGAUCGAGGAACUGCACAAGAUUAAGGUGCAGCUGGACGGCCAGGAGAGAGGCCUCCAGACUGUGUGAUAACGUGACGGCAGCUUCAGAUUUAUCAGGCUCUCUCUCUCUCCUCUCUGACAUUUUGUUCUGGUCAUUGUUAAUGCCUUGCUCAGACUGGUAGACAGUGAGAUUUAAAAGCUCCUCACUUUGCAGUACAGACGGCCAAAAUAUGUCAGACUGCUAAUUUAUUCUUAAAAUAAAGUUAUGUCAUAGGAUAUGUGUAGUGACCUUGUCUGUGUUUGUAAUCUGUCUGGGGUUAAUCCUGUUAGAAGGAUAAUGAAAGAUGUACAGAAAAAGGGCUAUAAUGUUCUGUGUGCCAUUUUGUUUUUGUUUUGCCAUGCUUAGGGUUGGGUGUUGUUAGCGUUUUGAAUCUGGUUCAGAGGCUAACAAAUCUCUUAUCAAAUAUUUUCUCUCCUCUCAUUCCUUAUUAGGAAAUAGCAUUGUAGAAAAAUCCUUUUUUUUUUAGCCGGUACUGGCUUUCACUUUUUGCCAGAAAAGAUGUCAACAAGAAACAGCAAACUAAUACAGAUAUAUACCAUAAGUAAUUUGUUAAAACACAGAAACAAGUAACUAAUGUCUGGUUAUUUAGCCCUCUGUAAGCUGGUGUGUGUGUGUGUGUGUGUGUGUGUGUGUUUCCUCGGCCAAAGAUUGUUAGACAUUGAACACUUUCUCAGGAUUGGACUGUGUGUUUUUUUGUUUGUUUUUUUUUGCAGUUCAACAAAACCAACAGAGUCAGUCGAGUGAAUCUCAAAGUUAAGCCUUCAGCCAAAUAUCAACAAUCUUAAAACUUAAUUGUUCUGAAUCAGAACCUCUGGUAUUUAUAACGUGUGCCAAAAUAAGUUUUAAGGAAUCAACAUUUCAUAUCUUUGGGGAGCUUAUUUAAUUUUUUUUUUUUUCGAGAUAUAGCUGACUAUAGUUUAAAUUUAGUUACUCACAAAUGUUGAUAGUUUCAUGAAUUUCAUAAGGGAUUCAAAGGGACUUCAGUACUGGAUUCAGAUUCGAUGAAGCGCUAUCGAACUCCAACCCUGUUGCAUUUAUCAUAUGAUGACGCAGGUCUCACUGUUUACAAUCAACCUUCCUUGUUUUGAUCGUAAAGAGAGUCGUGUAUCACACUGCAAGCAACUUGAUGUGUAUUUCACUGUAUUCUGACUGAUUGAGGGUAAUUUCUACACUAUGUAUGCGUAUGUUUGGUGCAGAAAGGUGAGAAAUGACCACCAGAGUCAACAAGCUCUGUUGUUAAAGUCUUAAAAAAAAGUGUUGAAGUCUUGUAAAACAGAAGGGAAGUCAGUGACAAUGUGUUUUUAACGUCCAGAAUCUCAAACAAGCUUCAAACAUUUUGUCAUUUUCCUUCUUCGAAUAGCUUUUAUCGUCUUUGACGAAGCCUGUGGAGCCUGUUUAAAAGGUGUCAACUCUGCAUACUCAAAGUGCUUAAAUAUGAACGUGUCCAAAUAUA